GUGUGUCGGUGUGUCAGCGACACACGGAGACGUGCAAGGCGGGGCCCCGGGCGACUACAGCGGGGCCACAACAGGAGGACGUGUCGGUGUCACGACAGGACGGUGUUCAUUGUGUAUUCUGUUGUUAUCACUUCGCUUCACGUACACACACACACAUUUGUAACACUUCCGUUGUGAAACACAACAAGAUCUGAAGCUGACGUUCACUAAUAACAUGCCCAUAGCUGUAGGUGGUUCCUUCUCAUGCUAUUCAACCUGCACCUGACCGCCAAGGUACAUCUCUCUGCUCCUCUACGAUUGGACAUUUCCAACCAGUGGGAGGAGCCAGAUGCGGGUAUGUCCACCUAGACAAGAAAAGGUCAAACAGAAAAGAGUGAAGCAAAACAGAAAAUCCAAGAGAAGCUACGACCUGAGAAGGUGAAAGUGUUUCCAGAUACAGACGUGAAGAAUGGGCGUCAUGAAGUGGCUGACCAUUUUGGUCUCGUUAGGCAUAUGCUCACAGGCUGUGACAGCAUCAGGCGUCCAGCUGUCCGUGUUCUCAGUAACAUCCAAGACUGCGAUUCUCAGAUGGACCCGGGUCUCGGGAGCGAGUUCGUACAAGAUCCUGGUCGCCACCAAAAGUUCACCCAGCAGCAUCAUCGCUUUCUCCACGUUUGGUCCAAACACUGUGAUGGGCUCCAUCAACUCUCUGUCCCCAAACGUCAACUAUGUCUUCACUUUCCAGGCUCAGGACCAAAAUCAGCAAAUACUGGGCAACGCAUCAGUCGAGUCAUCAACAGCCCCUGAGAGGAUGGAACCCAUCCACACAGUGAAGCCGAAGGACAGCAGGACGUUGAUGGUGGACUUCAGCCCGAGCACCGGCGCCACUCAGUACGUCGUACGUGUCGAGACGUCCAGUGGCUUCUUCAGAGAGGACACGGUGUCCCCCCCCCCCGCCGAGAUCCAGUCCCUCACUCCGUACACCGAGUACACGCUCAGCAUCAUGGCAGUGAACGCAGGAGGCAGCAGCCAGCCGUCUCUGCCUGUGACUGCAAAGACAGUUUUGCCUCCUCCUCAGCCCUCCGCCUCCUCCCUCAGCAACGACAGCAUCACUGUGUCCUGGGCUCCGGUGGCUCAAGCCGCCCAGUACACCCUGUCCGUGUACAAGUUUAAUUCAAGCACCAGCAUGAAGUACAACACCUCCAGCACCAAUCUGACCAUCUCGGACCUGGAGGCCGGCUCGCUCUACGUCACCAGGGUUUACGCCUGGGACAUCGAGGGCCGCAAGGGAGACGGCAGCUUGUACAUCAACCAGACAACACGAUCUCCCACCCCCUCUGCUGUCAACAUCUCCGUGGGGAUGGGUAGCGGUGUGGCCGAGCUCUCUGUGUCCUGGGAGGUCGGUCCGGAGGUCCACGGACCUGUAGAGUAUCUGGUGACGAGCGACCAGAACCUCACGUGUAACUCCACAUCCAGCUCCUGCAUCCUGUCUCCAGUGAGCUGUGGACAGGUUCACACCAUCCAGGUCACCGCCUCCAACGAGGGCGGGUCCAGAACCCUGUCCCAGCCCGAGGUCUUCAUCACCUUCCCCUGCCCACCGGAGGCUCUGGCCCUGGAGGAGGUGACUGACGGAAACUGCUCUCUGACCUGGAACACGGUGCCUCACGCUGACGGCUACAUGGCCUUCAUCAAGAGAGGCGAGGGUGGGGAAGAGAUCUGCAACACCAGCAGCAGCAACUGCACCUUCCACUGCCAGUGUGGCUACACCUACCUGGUGUCUGUGCUCGCCUUCAACCAGGCCGGCACCAGUCCUCCAGGAGACAGAUUCAACUACACCACCUUGCCCUGUUGUCCAGAGGGUGUGUCCAUCUCUGCGGUGAGCACAGACACUCUGGAGAUCAUGUGGACGGCUUCUCGGGGGGCGGAGAUGUACCAGACCCGGGCCGCGGACAGUUCAGAGGUCAUCCUGUGCAACGACACGGCGCCGGUGUGCGCCCUCUCCGACCUCCACUGUGACCGGGCCUACAGCGUGGUGGUGACCCCCUGCAACGACAUCAGAGGCUGCAACCGUGGAUGCAAAGCUCACACCAAAGACACAGCUCCCUGCAUGCCCAUGAACACGAUGCUGAACGUGAAGAACUCCUCCUGCGUGGGUGUCAGCUGGACAGCGAACAACAGAGCCGUCAAUUACACCGUCAGCGCGGUGGGAGUCGACGGAGCACGCACCUGCACCACCACAGGAAGCAGCUGCGACCUCGGUGACCUUCCCUGUGGCUGCACAUUUGAAGUCAGUGUCAUCGCACACGGCGUCGCAGGGCGGAGUUUACCCAGCUACUCUGAAACCCUGGAGACAGAACCGUGCUGCCCGGUGAACCUGACGGUGGCCCAGGUGACCCAGGCCAUGACCAACGUCUCCUGGUCUCAGGCCAAAGGGGCUCAGUCCUUCAUCAGCUCUCUGACCUCGCCGCGAGGCCACGCCCGCUGCCACACACAGGACCCGCACUGCCUCAUGGGAUGCAUCACCUGCGGCACCAACUACACCGUCACCAUGGAGGCGUUCAGCCACAGCGGGCGCCAGGCCAAGUGCACCUAUCAGGGCUUCUCGUCCAGUGCGUGCUGUCCAUCAGGGGUCAGGCUCUACAGGACGGCAGGGAACUCCAUGCGCUUGUACUGGCGCAGCUCAGGCAGCAGCCACAGCCACCAGGCCGAGAUGGUGGGAGGCAGCAACAACUACACCUGCUCUGCAUCACCCGGGGAGAGCAGCUGUGAUGUUGGCAACGUCCAGUGUGGAGACGUGUACCACGUGGUGGUGGCUCCGCUCGCACCAGGGGGCAGCAGAGUGCUGUUCUGCGCUCAGAGAAUUUACUCAGUAACUUGCUCAGACAACAACAUCGGCACAGUGCUUUACAGAGGGAAGAGAAGUGUGGACUAGCACAUGCCUCGACACGCAGACAUCUCACCUUCUUCUUCUUCCUCCUCCUCUUCCUCCAGCGUCAUCCUCGCUCAUCCUGAUGGCGCCAGGCUGAAAAAUAAAUAGAAGAACAACUGUUUUUCCAGAUAAACAUUUAUAAUCUGUUCUUCAAGAUACAAAGUGAUGAUGAACUGAAUGUAACAACAGAAGUACACUUUAAUGUGUGCGGUGAAAGAAAGUUGACAAAAGAGAAACAAACUUAUCCACAAAGAAACAAAACUAAAUUUGCAUUCUGUCCUGAUGAAGCUGUGACAGGUCGAUUUUAUCCCAAAUAAAUGAUCUAACUGAACAGUAACAUUUUCUCAACUGACAUUUUGAAUCUGCUAUAAAACUGGGGGCCCUUUUUUAAAGAAGUAUUAAUUUGAGAAUUGACCAAAUUGAAAUAAACAUUUUAGCUACAACCCUAAGUUAGAAACCUCCUGACGACCGGUGACAGGAUGAAUCAAACAUGUGUCUCUGUGGUUGUUUAACCCUGAUGCAUGUUUCUACUAAUAAAAUAAUUCCC